AAACUACCACGUCAUCCCUCCAGAGCCCCCUAACUAGGCUUCAGCCUUGUCCAUCCUGCACUGCUUUUGCAUCUUCAGCAACCCGACUCACAUUCGAGAAUGAUUUAUACAGCAGGGCCGCAUUCUUUUCAUACAUAGAUCAAUUGAAGUCGCGUAGAAACGCUCCAAGGCACCGACAGGCGGUAUGAUGUCCUCAACCAACGAGGAGGAUCCUUUCCUCCAGGUCCAGCAAGACGUCCUUGCCCAGCUCCAGCAAACCCGCCCCAUAUUCUCCUCCUACGUGCGCAUCCGGUCCCUCCAGACCUCGGCGUCGUCGUCGCAACCCUCCUCGAACCCGGAGCUCACAUCCGCGCGCUCGGACCUCGAGUCCGCCCUCUCAUCCCUCACCGAAGACCUCGAGGACCUGCGGGCCGCCGUCCAGGCCGUCGAGUCCAACCCGUCACAGUAUGGCCUGUCGCAGUCCGAGGUCACGCGGCGGCAGCGCCUGGUGCAGGAGAUCGGCGGCGAGGUCGAGGACAUGAACGAGGAGCUGUCCAAGUCGGGGAGGGGCAGAGGCGGGAGUAGGAACGCGGCGGCACAGGCGGCGAGGGCGGCGGCGUCGGGCGACCUGCCGGACCCGAACGCGUUCGCGCUCGAGGGGGAUGGCAACGACGACGACGACUACGCGGCCGAGUUCGAGCAGCAGCAGCAGAUGCAGAUGAUGCGGGACCAGGACGACAUGCUGGACCAGACGCUCAUGACGGUGGGUAACAUACGGCGGCAGGCGGACGACAUGGGCCGGGAGCUCGAGGAACAGAGAGAGAUGCUCGAGGUGGUGGACACCAUGGCGGACAGGGUCCAGGGCAGGCUGCAGACGGGCAUGGCCAAGAUGGCCUACGUGGUGCAGAAGAACGAGGAUCGGUGGAGUGGGUGUUGCAUCGCUGUGUUGAUCAUGGUCUUGAUCAUACUGCUUGUGCUGUUGUUAAUAUUGUAGGUUUGUGGCUGACCCAAGAUAAGCAGAAUUGGCGAGGUCUGUUUAAGCACAGAGCUGAGCUGGCAUGCUCAAAGAGGAGUAACUACUGGGGCAUGAUAUAGCAUUGGCGUCACGGCUUGGGAAGCACGUUUGAUUUGAAUUAUAUAGGCAUCCAAGAUCACACUUGUACGAUGGUGCGAAGUUGAAAUGGGUUGUUGCGGUGCUGCUCAACCCGAGAACGGAGC